ACCACCAUUUUCUUCUUCCAUAUUUUUUCUUCACCAUACCCCCCCACCCCUCUCUCUCUCUCUCUCUCUCUAGUUUUGUUUCUUCUUCUUUUCUCACAAGUUCUAAGUGCUAAUUUCAUAAACUAAGUUACUUCCAAGCAAGCAAACAAGCAUAGAUCCCUUCAUCUUGUGGCUUAGGAGACAAAGGCUUCUUCCAUUCUCCCUCCUUUAAGCUCUCAUCUUAGCAUCACUUUUGGCUCUUGAUUUUGCCAUCGUGGACUGAGUUUGUGCAUUCCUCGUUCUAUAUGGAAGAGACAUGUUGGACGGUCAUUCCCAUGCAAUUCUGAGAUCGUUUUCCAACAUUUUCCAGACAGAACAAUUAGUCUUACAUGAAGUGUCUGCUAGAGUUGGACAUCAAGAAUGGCAAGCGCCCUAUGGAGAUUGAUGAUGUUGAGGAUGAGCCCCAACAACUAAGGAAGAGUACUAAGAAGUUGAAUUCUUGCCACAGAGUUGAAAUGACUCGAAUUUUGUUUCAAGAGCAAUCUAUUGAGGCCAAGAAUUCUAUUGAAGAUGGAGAUUUGACUAACUGGCUAUCGAACAAGCAAGAACAAAAGAGUGAUGCUGGUGACCAUCAAUCUGAUAAACAACAUCAGGGUCAGCUAAAAGAUUCUUUACACUUUGAUGUUCGAUUAUCUGAUGAAGAACAUUUGCAACAUGACGAGAAGAGUGAAUAUGGUUCUUCAGAUUCUGAUUCUCUCUUGCCACGCAUGAACCGUGACAGCUCAAUUGCGUGUCUUAGCCGUUGUUCAAGGUCAGAUUACGGUUCUCUCGCAUCACUAAACAAGAGCUUUAGGAACGUAAUCAGAAGUGGUGAACUCUACACAUGGAGGAGACUGAAUGGUAUCAUGGAGCAUUGGAUUUAUUUUUCCAGUGCUCUCUUGGAAUGGGAAGCCUAUGAUCCAAUUCGUGGACGAUGGAUGCAUUUACCAAGGAUGGCUUCUAAUGAAUGUUUCAUGUGUUCAGAUAAGGAAUCUUUGGCAGUAGGUACUGAUCUUCUUGUGUUUGGGAGGGAGUUAAAAUCUCAUGUCAUUUACAGAUAUAGUCUCUUGACAAACUCAUGGUCAUCUGGAAUGAAAAUGAAUGCUCCAAGGUGCUUGUUUGGCUCUGCUAGCCUUGGGGAGAUUGCAAUUCUGGCUGGAGGGUGUGAUUCAGAGGGACACAUACUAGACUCUGUUGAACUCUACAAUUCCGAGACACAAACAUGGGAAACACUCCCAAGUAUGAAAAAACCAAGGAAGAUGUGUUCUGGGGUAUUCAUGGAUGGAAAGUUUUAUGUCAUAGGGGGGAUUGGGGGAAGUGGUUGUUCUAAGCUCUUAACAUGUGGAGAGGAGUAUGAUUUACAAACUAGGACAUGGAGAGAGAUUCCUAACAUGUCCCCUGAAAGAAGUAAUAGAGGGCAGGAGAUGCAUGCAACAGUUGAGCCACCACUUUUGCUUACUGUGUUAAAUGAUGAAUUGUAUGUUGCUGAUUACACUGACAUGGAGGUUAAGAAGUAUGAUAAGAGCAAAAAAUUGUGGUUUAGCAUUGGGAGAUUGCCUGAGAGAGCAGUGUCUAUGAAUGGUUGGGGUCUUGCAUUUAGGGCAUGUGGGAAUAGGCUUAUUGUGAUUGGUGGAACAAGGAGUCAUGGUGAAGGUUUUAUUGAACUCAAUUCAUGGGUGCCUAGUGAAGGGCCUCCACGGUGGGAUCUACUUGCUAGAAAACGCUCUGGAAACUUUGUUUAUAAUUGUGCUGUGAUGGGAUGUUGAAGAAUUGAAUUGUUAAGGCUACACAUUUUAAUGAUUCAAGUCCAUGGAGUUGUACAACAUUGAUUCCUCCGUUGACAUGAGAUUCUUGCUAAUUGGUACUAUGGCCCCUUGUUUCUUUCUAUGAUAUUUUUCUUCAAAGGUUAGGGAUGAUGGGGGACAAGAUUCAGAUGUUACUCAAGAUUAGUUGAAAGGUUUUCUGGGGAGGAGAUCUUCAGACUUUUUUUUUUUUUUUUUAUGUUUAAAAUUUCAAUCACUACUUUGUAACAUUCGAAUUGGCAUUUUCCCCAUUUCUGUUGACUGGAGAUUUUUUUGGUAAAAGUUAAAUUAUUCA